CGAGGGAAGUCUUGCUGCGAAAGAAAAGUUCGAGUCUUGCUUGUUCAUCUGACGGGAAGAUCGACGCUGAGGGAAAACUUUUGGAAUGGAGCGAUUGCAGAGAAUGUUCGCCGGCGCCGGAGGUUCACUGGGGCACCCGCCGCCAGACUCGCCCACUCUGGAUUCGUCGGAGCAGGUCUACAUCUCCUCGCUCGCUCUUCUGAAGAUGCUCAAACAUGGAAGAGCUGGGGUUCCCAUGGAGGUGAUGGGUCUGAUGUUGGGGGAAUUUGUUGAUGAGUACACCGUGCGUGUGGUCGAUGUAUUUGCUAUGCCGCAAAGUGGUACUGGUGUUAGUGUUGAAGCUGUUGAUCAUGUAUUCCAGACCAAUAUGCUCGACAUGCUUAAACAAACUGGACGCCCUGAGAUGGUUGUAGGAUGGUAUCACUCUCAUCCUGGAUUUGGAUGUUGGCUCUCUGGUGUUGACAUCAAUACUCAACAGAGUUUUGAAGCUCUUAAUCAGCGAGCCGUUGCCGUAGUUGUGGAUCCAAUCCAAAGUGUCAAGGGGAAGGUGGUUAUCGAUGCCUUUCGUUUAAUUAAUCCCCAGACAAUGAUGCUUGGCCAAGAACCACGACAGACAACAUCAAACCUCGGCCAUCUUAAUAAACCAUCUAUUCAAGCAUUAAUCCAUGGAUUGAAUCGCCAUUAUUACUCCAUAGCAAUUAACUAUAGGAAGAAUGAGCUUGAAGAGAAGAUGUUGCUUAAUCUUCACAAGAAGAAAUGGACUGAUGGGCUAACACUUCGACGAUUUGACACACACUCGAAAACUAAUGAGCAGACGGUCCAGGAAAUGCUGAACUUGGCUAUUAAGUACAACAAGGCGGUGCAGGAGGAAGACGAGUUGCCACCAGAGAAACUUGCAAUUGCAAAUGUGGGAAGACAAGAUGCUAAGAAGCACCUGGAAGAACAUGUCUCCAAUUUGAUGUCAUCAAACAUCAUACAAACAUUAGGAACGAUGCUCGACACGGUUGUGUUUUAAUCAAACUAUGUUCGUUGAAGAAUGGCACUUCCCCUGCAGGAAGUGGUUGUGAGCUCUGUGAACUGUUAAUCAAGCAAAAGGGUGUUCGAACUCUUCCAUAGCUACGAACCCCUUUCUAGCUUUUAUUUUCAUAACAUUGAUAUUUUAUUGGAUCUUAGGAUGAAGGAUAAUUUGAGAAGUUCUGUAAAGGGGGUUCCUUUGAAUCAUAAUGUGACUCUCAAUAUUCUGGACUAGAGGUGGUUUCGUGUUUUA